ACAGUUUAGAUGUGUAAUGGUCUUUCCGUAGCACGCGGCCCGCAUGCUUUCCCUCCUCAUUACCUCGGUUGUGCAACGCCGUGAACGGGUGACCAUACACCUUGGCUGCUUGCAGCUCACCCCUUGGUAUCAAUAUUGAACCAUGAGUCAGAUGUUAUUGGUGCGUGUCUUCUUCUUGCCAUGUGCAUCGUACCUUCCCCUGCAUCCCAUCACCUACUGCACAGUUCCUUUGUCGUAUCACCAUUGUCACAAGCCACUGGUUAGUUAUGCAAGUUUACGUUUUUUUUUUGCACGUCUUUUGCAGUCACUGACUUACACCUCAGCGUUAUUCACACUCUCGCUGAGCCAGUCUCACCGUUCUAGGUACUUGAUGCCAUAGCAUUGUUCACACUCCUGCUGAGCUGGCCUCUCCGUUCUAGUCUAUCAGGUUAUGAGCCUUGGACUCCGACCAGGCCA